AUGAUCCACCCACCGUCUCCACCUCCACAACUUGACCCGCUUACAAAACCCGAACCCAUUUACUCUGACUAUACAUUAGAAAUCCCCGACGAAUGUCUCGCCCAAGUAUUCCAAUCCCUUUCCUCCGACGACAGAAAAAACUGUUCUCUCGUUUGUAAAGGCUGGUUUCUUGUUGAAGGUCAAAGCCGAUGUCGUCUUUCUCUAAACGCCGCUGAAAAAAUCUCAACUCACUUGCCGAAUAUUUUCUCAAGAUUCAAUUCUCAAUCUUUCUUUCACUAUAUCAUCCACACAACGAAUCUCAGUUUCACACUUGCUCCUGAUGGAGUUGAUGAAACAAGAGCAAAUGUUGAUGAUGAUAGAACUCUUCUGCAUAGCUUAUCAGUAGGGAUUAGUCACACUAAUGGCAGUAUCUUCACACCUUUUCAACCAAAUUUCGAGUUUCCUGAUGAUGGAACGGAAGCUUACUCAACUAAAAGAACAAAUUAUUGCUUAGCAGAUGGUUCUAAUUCUACGAUCAAAGAUGGCAUUAUUCUAAAAUCCCAAACCGAAAUUUUUGAGUUUGGAUUCUUCACUCCUAGUGAGAAAAUCGACGAAAAUAACAAGUACUUAGGCAUAUGGUACUACAACUCCAAUCCAAAGAUAGUUGUAUGGGUAGCUAAUCGAGAGAAACCUCUAUCAAAUUCUAAUGUAAAACUUGUUAUAAAAGAUGGGAAUGCACAAGUUUUAGGUACAGAUGGUUCAUUAUACUGGCGAACUGAUUCUGUUGCAUCAGAAGAUCCUACUGAACUGUGUUUAAAUGAUCUUGGUAACCUAAUUUUAUCAAGUCAAGAGAGAAAAUUCAUCGUGUGGCAAAGUUUUGAUCACCCAACAAACACAUUUCUUCCAGGGAUGUCGGUAAAUGGGAGUUUGAAGCUUAUAUCAUGGCCAAAUAAUAGUAGUCCUGCACCAGGAUCUGCACAGUUUGUGCUACAAACGGAAAAUGACAGUAAUGCGAUUAUUAUACAAGGGUAUCGUCAGUAUUGGGACAUCAAAACCGACUGUUCUGCUAAGAUUCCAUAUGCGUUAUCUGAACUUUUGAAUGAUCGAACCGGGAAAGCCUCUCUUCCGAACAACACAAGACUAGUGAUGAACUUCACUGGAAGCUCCGGACAGAUUCAGUUAUGGAAGCGCGGAAGUAGUAAUAAAAGUUGGUUUUUGGAUUGGGUCGAGCCUAAAGAUAGGUGUAGUUUCCAUGAUGUAUGUGGAAAUUUUGGAAGUUGUAAUAGUAAUUAUGGUUUGCCUUGUAAGUGUUUGCCUGGAUUUCGGCCUAGUUCGUUACAGGAAUGGAAUUUGGGAUGUUAUACUGGUGGAUGUGUGGCAAAAUCGGGGAGUCUGAAUCAAAGACAAAAUACUUCUGCAGACACAUUCUUGAAAUUGCCGAGGAUGAAAGUUGGAAGUGUAGAUUGUAGUGCUUCUGUAGAAAGCAAUUGUGAGCUACAAUGCCUUAGGGAUUGUACUUGUGUAGCGUACUCUUAUGGUAUUGCGAACUGCACGGGAAUGGGCAGUACGACUGAGAAGAGGUGCUUAACAUGGACUAAUCUACCGCGCUUAGAAGAGGAAUUUUCUCAAGGGAUUACCCUCUUUGUUCGUGUACCAGCUUCUGAUAUAGGAUCAAGUUCAAGAAAUUGCACACCAUGUGGAGCUUAUGCAAUCCCCUAUCCCCUAAGUUCUGAUAGAUCGAAAUGCGGAGACUCCAUGUAUUCUAACUUUCACUGUAAUUCAGACACAGGGCAGGUUAACUUCUCGAUUCCAACAGGUACAUUCAGAGUCGCCUUGAUUGAUCCAGACACGAAAACAUUUACCAUACAAGUCAUGCAAGCCAAUAGUUGUGACAGUCGAUAUAUAAACUCAUACGUUCUGCCAUCGAAUAGUUCCAUGCCGUUUGAGUAUAGAAACUGCUCUAUUUUUAAGGAUAACCCUUUAGUGCAACUAAGACAGCCUUUUAUUAUGGUUAAGAUAGGUUGGAAAGUACCAUUAGAGCCGAGCUGUAGUGCAUCCGCAGACUGUCAUCCUUGGCCUCAUACUUCGUGUAAAGCCAAAAAAGGCGGUACUAGGAGGUGUAUGUGUGGACCAAGUUUUCAUUGGGAUGGCUCGGAUUUGAAAUGUGUCAAAGCGGUUUUACAUAUGAAGAUUUUGAUUCCUUGCGUAGCUGUUCCUCUCGCACUUUUUUUUCUUUGUGGCGUAUUCUAUAUAUAUGAUCACAAGCAUAGAAGAAGGAUUGCUAAAUAUGAAGGCUCUAUCGAGUUCAAGGGAGACGAUUCUGAAGGCGUAGAUGUUCCUUUUUUCAGUUGGAGAGUUAUACAAGCAGCUACAAGCAAUUUUGCUGAUGCAAAUAUGCUUGGAACAGGAGGAUUUGGUUCCGUGUUCAGGGGAAAACUUCCGGAUGGAAAGGAAAUCGCUGUCAAGAGGCUCUCAAGUGUAUCGACACAAGGUGUAGCGGAGUUUAGGACCGAGGUUGUAUUAAUCGCUAAACUUCAGCAUCGGAACCUUGUACGACUACUAGGAUAUUGUGUGAAAGCAGACGAGAACAUUUUAAUAUACGAAUACAUGCUUAAUGGAAGCCUACACACAUGCUUGUUUGACCAAAAUUUUUCUGUGUACUUGGAUUGGGAGAAGCGUUUUAACAUCAUAUUCGGCAUAGCUAGAGGCCUUGUCUAUCUUCACCAAGACUCGAGAUGUAGAAUCAUACAUCGAGAUUUGAAACCAAGCAACAUUUUACUUGACGAGGAGCUUAAUCCUAAGAUUUCAGAUUUUGGUGUAGCAAGGAUUAUUGGAAGAAAAGAAACGGAGCUAAACACUAACAAAGUUGUCGGAACAUAUGGUUAUAUGCCUCCGGAGUAUGCUUGUGAGGGAUUUUUUUCGAUCAAAUCGGAUGUUUUUAGCUUUGGCGUGGUUGUAUUAGAGAUUGUAAGUGGCAUAAGGAACUCAAGAAUGGCAGUAUUUGAGGAAGGACUCAGUCUACUAGGACAUGCAUGGAGAUUAUGGACUGAAGAUAAAGGUUUGGAAUUCAUAGACCCAACACUAAAAGAAUCAUGCAAUCCAAUUGAAGUCUUAGCAUGCAUUCGUGUAGCUUUGUUAUGCGUACAAGAUGAUCCUGCUGAUCGUCCUACCAUGCCAAAUGUAGUACUGAUGCUCAGCGAUGGAGGUGAUUCAACCGAUUCAGUUCCUAAAAAACCAGCUUAUUAUACAAGGACAUCAUCAUCUGAGGUUGCUUCAUCUUCCAGUUGUGUAGGUGCUCAACCAUAUCAAAGUGUCAAGGAUGCCAUACGGGUACUUCGAGGAAAAAUGAAGAGUCCAAGCAACGUAUAGGGCAAUGGCAUUUUGUUGUUGUAUGAUUCCCUUCGAAUUGUUUCAUGUUUUUCUUUUUUGUUGCACCUUUUGCUACUUCAAAGUACCUGAGGUAUCAGGUAUGAGUUGCUUUUGUGACAAAUGCUGGGUUUAUUUAUCUGCUAUAAAUGUAAAGCAGUAACUAACUAGCUAAGCUUCAAGAUCUCAUGGGCAAGCUCAAUUUCUUGGUUGAGAUUGGUGGCUAUGACUCAAUACUGAUUACUGAAUGAAUUUGAUCAGGUGGAACUUUCAGUCGAGCUAUGGAUAAAUAAGGUCUUUUUUCAUGGAGAAAUCAUAUAUUGGUAUAAUGGUAUCAGUUAAGAAUGAAUACUCUAUUUUGUUUAUCUUUCAUUUUGUUUCACAUGGUGAAAAUUGAACAAUAGUACAAUACCCAUUAUAUGUUGUGUUCAUUUAUACUCCAUUUU